AUGACGCCGGUGCAGGGGCAGGAGGAGGGGGAUUCACAGGGAUCGGGCGGGGAGGGGCAGGGGGAGGAACAGCCGUGGGUGGAGGAGCGGCUGAGGGUGGACGAGCAGCCGCUGGUGGCGGAACAGCCACUCCUGGAGGAGCAGCCGAGGGGGGAAGAGCGGCCGCGGGUGGAGGAGGAGCCGGGGUUGGAGGAGCCACUGCGGGUGGAGGAGCAGCUGCCGGUGGAGCAGCAGCCGAGGGUGGACGAGCAGCCCCCGGUGGAGGAGCGGCCGAGGGUGGACGAGCGGCCGAGGGUUGACAAGCAGCUGCGGGUGGAGGAGCAGCUGAGGGUGGACGAACAGCCGCCGGUGGAGGAGCAGCUGAGGGUGGACGAGUGGCCGCCGGUGGAGGAGCAGCUGAGGGUGGACGAGCAGCCGCCGGUGGAGGAGAGGCCGCGGGUGGAGGAGCAGCUGCCAGUGGAGCAGCAGCCGAGGGUGGACGAGCAGCCGCCGGUGGUGGAGCGGCCGAGGGUGGAGGAGUCGCCUCCACCAGCGGGGGAGCAGCUGCGGGUGGAGGAGCAGCCGCGAUAUGAGGAGCAGCUGCGGGUGGAGGAGCAGCCGAGGGUGGAGGAGCAGCCGCGGAAUAAGGAGCAGCUGCGGGUAGACGAGCAGCCAAGGGUGGAGGAGCAGCUGCCGGUGGAGGAGCAGCCGCUGUAUGAGGAGCAGCUGCGGGUGGACGAACAGCUGAGGGUGGACGAGCAGCUGCCG